AUGGAGCCAGCGAUGCACUCGCGUGACCAGCGGCCUUGCCCCUCCCCGGGGCCGCUAAACCCCCGGCACCUCCCCUACGCCCUGCUGGCCGCCGCCUUCCUGGCGGCCCUGCUGUUACUGUUGCUGCUAUGGCGGGCCGGGCAGCCCGGCGGCUUCGUCUCCGGCCUCUUCCAGGAUCUCAUCCGCUACGGGAAGACGAAGGGCGGCUCGGGGCAGGGCCCGGCCUGGCUGCGCCUCCUCCAGGUGCCCAAGAGGUGGUUUACUCACUUUUAUGUGGUUUCUGUGCUCUGGAACGGCUUUCUGCUGAUCUGGCUUUUCCGAGCUGAGUUCCUUGGAGGGUCACUCCCAUCAUGGAUUCAGCACGUGCACCGUGCUCUUGGCAGAGAUUCUCAGAGCGAGGACACGGGUUGUGAGCACUUCUCUGCACUCCUGGUUCUCCUGCUGCUCUGGCUGCACAGCUGCCGAAGGCUUGCAGAGUGCCUCUGGACCAGCGUGUUUUCCAGCGGCGUCAUUCAUAUCGUGCAAUAUUGCUUUGGACUUGCCUAUUACAUUGCUGUCGGCUCCACUGUGCUAUGUCAAGUGCCUGCUGACGUCAGGAAUGGAAAAGAGCUUUCUGUGCAGAUCUGCUGGUAUCACGUUGUAGGAGUUAUGAUGUACGUUUGGGCCUCUCUUCACCAGCACAGAUGUCUUGUGAUUCUAGCUAAUCUUAGAAAAAGUAAAUCAGGGAAGGUCGUAAGUCUGGGCCACAGCGUACCUUUCGGGGACUGGUUUGAGAGAGUUUCUUGCCCUCACUAUUUUGCAGAGCUCCUGAUCUAUGUAUCCAUGGCCAUCACGCUUGGGUUUCACAACCUGACGUGGUGGUGUGUAGUGAUGUAUGUUCUUUUCAACCAGGCACUGGCUGCUGUUUUGUCCCACGAGUUCUAUCAGAAAAACUUCAGCUCCUACCCAAAGCACCGGAGAGCGUUUAUACCAUUUGUUUUUUAGAACAUUCCUUCUAAAGUGUCUUUGGAGAACACUGGAAAAUGUUUCCUAUAAGGCAAUAAGAGAUUUACGGUUUACUAAA